AUGAUUGGCCGUCUCAUUGGCACCGUGAAGAAGUACCCCGAGGUCACCCCGCUGCUUGUGGUGUGCUCCUUCGCCGCCAGCUUUGGCAUCUUCUCCCUCACCCGCUUUGUGACCUCCAACCCGGAGGUGAGCCUGAACCACAGGGAGACCAACUGGGAGACCAGCGAGUUGAAGGCCGGCCGCAUCCCCGACCGCGUUCUCCAGCUGCACGCCCAGGACAAGCAGGCUGCUUUCGUCCUGUCCUUGGCUUCUUCCACCUGA